CCAAUGGACAGCGGAGGCGUUUCCGCCUCCGCCAAUAGGACGCCGAACAAGGCGGGCCCUGACAAACUGCCUAGUAACGGCCGCGUGGUAACCUGGGUCCCGCGCGUGGGUUUCUCGCUCCUGGUUUUCCACGGUGGUCUUAGCUCCGGACGUGUGCAACAUGAAGAUUGAGGAGGUGAAGAGCACCACGAAGACGCAGCGCAUCGCCUCCCACAGCCACGUGAAAGGGCUGGGGCUGGACGAGAGCGGCUUGGCCAAGCAGGCGGCCUCGGGGCUCGUGGGCCAGGAGAACGCGCGAGAGGCAUGUGGCGUGAUAGUAGAAUUAAUCAAAAGCAAGAAAAUGGCUGGAAGAGCUGUCUUGUUGGCAGGACCUCCUGGAACUGGCAAGACAGCUCUAGCUCUGGCUAUUGCUCAGGAGCUGGGCAGUAAGGUGCCUUUCUGCCCUAUGGUGGGGAGUGAAGUUUAUUCUACGGAGAUCAAGAAGACAGAAGUGCUGAUGGAGAACUUCCGCAGGGCCAUUGGGUUGCGGAUAAAGGAAACCAAGGAGGUUUAUGAAGGUGAAGUCACAGAGCUAACACCGUGUGAGACAGAGAACCCCAUGGGGGGGUAUGGUAAAACCAUUAGCCAUGUAAUCAUAGGACUCAAAACAGCCAAAGGAACCAAACAGUUGAAACUGGACCCCAGCAUUUUUGAAAGUUUGCAAAAGGAGCGAGUGGAGGCUGGAGAUGUGAUUUACAUUGAAGCCAACAGUGGAGCCGUGAAGAGGCAGGGCAGGUGUGAUACCUAUGCCACAGAAUUCGACCUUGAAGCUGAAGAGUAUGUCCCCUUGCCAAAGGGGGAUGUGCACAAGAAGAAAGAAAUCAUCCAGGAUGUGACCUUGCAUGACUUGGACGUGGCCAACGCCCGGCCCCAGGGGGGACAAGACAUCCUGUCUAUGAUGGGCCAGUUAAUGAAGCCAAAGAAGACAGAAAUCACAGACAAACUUCGAGGGGAGAUUAACAAGGUGGUGAACAAAUACAUUGAUCAGGGCAUUGCUGAGCUGGUUCCAGGUGUGCUCUUUGUUGAUGAGGUCCACAUGCUGGACAUUGAGUGCUUCACCUACCUGCACCGGGCCCUGGAGUCUUCUAUUGCCCCCAUCGUCAUCUUUGCAUCUAACCGAGGCAACUGUGUCAUCAGGGGCACUGAGGAUAUCACCUCUCCUCAUGGCAUCCCUCUCGACCUUUUGGACCGAGUAAUGAUCAUCCGGACCAUGCUGUACACUCCACAGGAAAUGAAACAGAUCAUUAAAAUCCGUGCCCAGACAGAGGGAAUCAACAUCAGUGAGGAGGCGCUGAACCACCUGGGGGAGAUCGGUACCAAGACCACUUUGAGGUACUCGGUGCAACUGCUGACCCCAGCCAACUUGCUUGCUAAGAUCAACGGGAAGGAUAGCAUCGAGAAAGAGCAUGUUGAGGAGAUCAGUGAGCUGUUCUACGAUGCCAAGUCAUCGGCCAAAAUCCUGGCUGACCAGCAGGAUAAGUACAUGAAGUGAGUCUUUCUGCAAAGAGACACUCCUCAGCAUGCUUGGGCCUGGGUGCAGCCUGCAGAUACAAGGCUCACUACUGGCCUUUCGGAUUCUGUUCCCACUCGGGCCUGGUUAGCAAGCAAGUUCAGUGUGCUAAGUGUUUCUUUUUAAGUUAUCAUAAUUUUUCCCAUGGUUGCUUUGAAGGGCAUGGUUACCAAGCAAGUUCAGUGUGCUAAGUGUUUCUUUUUUAAGUUAUCAUAAUUUCUCAUCAGUAUGUUUUCUAAUAAAUCUUUAUAGGAUAUUUUGAUGACAUCUCUUUCUCUUUUAAUUAAAAAACACAAAAAACUUUUGUAUUUUAGAACAGUUUUAGAUGUACAGCAUUGUUGUGAAGACAGUAUAGGGCAUUCCCACAUACCUCACACCCAGCUUCCCUACUAUUAACAUCUUACAGUAGUAGUAUGUGGUACAUUUAUCAUAGUUAAUGAGCCAAUACUGAUACAUUAUUAUACUUUAUUCAUAUAUUCUGUUCCUUUUCUGUCCCAGGAUCCCAUCCAGGAUCUCACAUUACAUUUAGUUGUCAUUUCCCCUUAUGCUCCUUGUGGCUAUGACAGUUUCUCACACUUUCCUUAGGAACUUCACAGUUCUGAGGAGUGCUGAUCAGGUGUUCUGUCAAAUAUCCCUCAGUGGGUUUUUCUGUUUGUUUGUUUGUUUGUUUUUUUAAGGAUUAAAAUGUAUUUUAAUAAGUU